AUGCUGAUUACGACCCCGCCGUCCUCGGCGGACUACGUGGUUGUUGGAGGUAUGGGGCACGGCGGGACUGUCGCUCGCCUCGCGGCUCAGUCAACGGGACCCAAGUCUCGACAUCCUGGUCAUCGAGGCCGGGCCGGAUCAAGCAGGGCACCCAUUGACUGGAACUCCUUUUGGAGCAUUUACCGCAGGGGGUCGGACAUCGACUGGAGCUACAAAUCUAUCCCGCAGAAGCAGCUGAACAACCGCGUGAUCCCUCUGAGUGCAGGCAAGGUGCUGUCCGGCGCGACGGCCAUCAACUACGGCCUUUGGCUGCGUGGUCCAGUAGCGGACUACGCCAGGUGGGCCGAGCUGGUUGGCGAUCGCGCUUGGAGUUACGAGUCUCUCUUGCCAUACUUUCGUCGUCUGGAGAAGCACCAUGACCCCGAAGCCGACGCGGAGCAACAUGGCUUCGAGGGUGUCAUGCACACCAUGUCUCCUUCCCACUCUGAUCCCAUUCGCAAAUUCCCUCUGAGCACAUUACAGGAGGACGCAUGGAGAGAGCUGGGGACGGAACGGAUCCGAGAUCAGAAUGCUGGCCACCCUCUGGGCCUGGCGGAGAUUGUUGAGAAUUGGAGGGACGGCAUACGGCAGCCUGUAAGUGCGAUUUUGGACCUGUCCAAUGUUCGCAUCCUGCUCGGGACAACCGUCCAUCGGGUGGUGGUGGAUGAUGUGACUGGUGUCAAGCGCGCCACCGGCGUCCAGCUGGCCAAUGGCGACAUCAUUCAGGCCAAGCGGGAAGUCAUCCUCUCCACAGGUUCAUACCGGACCCCUCAAGUCCUCAUGCUCUCUGGAAUUGGCCCGGCUUCGGAGCUACAAAAACACGGCAUCAAGAUCCAAGUAGAUAGCCCGGAAGUGGGCCGCAAUUAUCACGACCACCUUACCGUGUCCUGUUACUGGAGAGUCUGCCACCCAGAGCAAGGAGUGGCCGUUGGGCAUCCUCUGUGGGCGGAAAACAAGGCCUUGGAGAAAGAGCAGCCGUAUGAUCUCCUUGCAUAUCACCAAGCCCCCCCGGAGGUGAUUCGCGAAGCCCUAGCAGCCUCUCGAGUCGACGGCAGUUCGAGGGAGAUGGACCGUCAGCAAUUAGAAGCACCAAACCGCGUGCACACGGAGACCGUGGUUGCGUACUGCCCGAUCGCUAAAAUGGGCGCCUUUCCCUUCGACGGGACUAUAAUCACUUCCAGUGUGCUGUUGAUGCAACCUACCUCCCGGGGCGUCAUAACGUUAGCCUCUGCGGACCCAGAGGCACACCCUUUGAUCGAUUGCAGAUUCCACACCACCGCUUCCGAUCGCGCGAUCGUGCGACACGGCCUGAGGCAGAUGCUUCGAUUGAUGCAGGGUACCAAAGGUGGGCAGGCUAUGGUUGAGCCUGUGGACAUCCUAGCGCAGGGUGAAUCUCAUUUGCGGUUUGAUACGUCCACGGAUGACGACCUGGAUGCUCGGGCUCGUGAUGCAGGAGAGAUCUGGAACCAUCCCGCCGGCACCGCGGCCAUGGGCACAGUGGUGGAUUCGAAAUGUCGGGUCGUUGGCGUUUCCGGCUUGCGAGUGGUGGAUGCCAGUAUCUUGCCUUUGCCGAUCAGCUCGCACUACAUGGUGGCCAUCUACACGGUAGGAGCACGCGUGGCGGACUUCAUAGCGGACGAGGCCUGACCGCAUAGCUUGACAUAGAAUGAGAGAUGACACGAAGCCGCUCGGACGGUUCCUCAAGCAUAGCGCUCGUGCCAUUUACCAUCGUAAAUGCUGGGUGACCAGGUUGCAUCGAAUAUUGCAGGGAGGUGGUUGCGGGGUCAGGUUCACAUGGUCGCCAAUGUCAAAAG